AUGAAGAGUACAAGUGAACGCUCGACAGGGGAGGUCGCAUCGUUGCUGUUAGGGGAUGAUGCCCCCUCUGUUCAGCCCUCCGCCUCAUCAUCGGGAGCAGUUGUGAAAAAAUCUUUUGAUAAUGAGAAUAUUAGUACUAUCGAUUGGAGAGCCGAUUACAAGAAAGAAAAGAAGAAGAGAGCAAGAAUUUUUGAGCAGCAAGGUGUCCUAGCUCUGGUACAACAAGCAUAUUAUGCCUCACAAGGUUGGAUUAUGACUUUUGUAGUGGGAAUUGUUGUAGGUAUUGCAGCAAGUUUAGUCGAUAAAGGAAUGGAAUGGGUUUCAGGGUUCAGGGAGGGCGUUUGUGUCAAUUGGUUUCUUGCCACAGAAAAAAGAUGUUGUGUCGACGUACCAGUUGGCGUCGAAUGUCCAUAUUGGCGAUCAUGGAGUCAAUUAUUUGGUAUUUCUGAUCUCAAUGGUGCCUAUGCCUUCAAUUACUUUGCAUACGUUUUCACAGCAGCCUCCAUGUCUGUUCUCGCAGCAUGGCUUGUAAAAUGUCUUGCUCCAUGGGCAGCCGGUUCAGGUAUUCCCGAAGUGAAAACCAUUCUUGGUGGAUUUGUCAUUAAGGGAUUUUUAGGUAUUUGGACCUUCCUUAUUAAAGUGGUUGGUCUCAUUCUGGCAGUUGGAUCUGGACUAACCACAGGAAAAGAAGGACCAAUGGUGCAUGUUGGAGGAUGUGUCGGUAAUAUUGCCUCUCGAUUAUUCUCAAAAUAUAGAAAUAAUGAAGCAAAAAAGAGAGAAAUUAUUAGUGCAAGCUGUGCAGCAGGUGUAGCAUGCGCAUUCGGUACGCCAGCUGGAGGAACAUUGUUCUCUUUGGAAGAAUUAUCGUCCUAUUUUCCACCCAAGACACUUUUUAGAACCUUUUUUACAUGUGUGAUGGGAGCACUGACGCUACAAGUGUUGAACCCAAGACCUUCUGGUAAAAUUGUUCUGUUCAGUAUUUCGUACCAUGUGAAUUGGAAAUGGUUUGAAUUAUUACCAUUCAUCUUUAUGGGAAUAUUAGGAGGAAUCCUCGGUGCACUGUGGACCAAGCUCAACAUUACCUACAUUAAAUAUGUCCGUAAAAGAUACCUUGCCAAAUGGCCCAUCACAGAAGCUCUAGUGACCUCUGUAGUCACUUCCUUACUUUGCUAUUGGAACGAAUAUUCGAGAAUUCCCAUGUCUGACCUCAUUGCUAUGCUUUUCCAAAAUACUUGUACUGAAAAUUCAGAUUCUGAAGAAAUGAUACGAGUGUUGUGCGAUCCCACCAAUUUCUGGCCUCUCGGGAAACUCAUCAUUUCCUUUGUGUUGAGAUUUAUUCUCAUGUUCUGGACUGUGGGAAUCAAAGUUCCUGGAGGAAUUCUAGUGCCUGCACUCAUGUUAGGAGCUUGUUAUGGACAGGUCAUUGGUUCACUCAUGAAAUAUAUCCAAAUCACAUAUCCAGAUUCUCUCUUUUUCCAAGAAUGUUAUGCAGGAGGAGAAGGAUCCUGCAUUGUUCCAGGAAUUUAUGCAGUGGUUGGAGCUGCCAGCAUGUUGGGCGGAAUUUGUAGAAUUACCGUGUCGCUGGCUGUCAUUAUGUUUGAAUUGACAGGAGGAUUGGAAUAUUUGGUUCCACUCAUGCUUUCAACCAUGUUUGCAAAAUGGGUUGGAGAUGCAUUUGACAAUGUCACAAUUUAUGAACAUAAUAUCGAAAUGAGCGAAUAUCCAUUCCUGCAUAACGAUGAAGUAGAUCAUGAUGGAAAUGCUAAAGAUAUCAUGACCACUCACAGUCUCAAAGUCAUCUACGCGGAAGGUGUGACAAUAGGAGAUGUGAAAUCAGGCUUAUUAACCGAUGAAACUAAAAUUUAUGGUUUUCCAGUGAUUGACAAUUCUGUGGAUCGACGUGUGCUUGGAUUUAUUUCGCAAGCAGCCUUACGAGAAGCAAUCAAGGAAAACGAUCGACGAAUCAAUGACCAGACAGAAAUUUUCUUUGCAGACCUUUCAGUUUCACCACGACAGGAACAUUUAAUUAACAAAAUUGACUUGUCCAAUUAUUUGGAUGAAGUUCCUAUUCAGGUGCCAACUCAAAUGCCAGGUGACAGAGUAUAUAACAUGUUUCGAGCGAUGGGUAUUCGAUAUUGUCUUGUGUUGCAUAGUAGCAAGCUGGUAGGAAUUCUCACGAAGAAAGAUUUAGCUCGAUGGCUUCAUCAUUCCCAUCAUGGCACUGCAAAACAAAAUUCAAACACAAGUUCUCCAAAAUCACCUCAUGCCUUGAGUGUUGAAACAGCAAGUUCUGCUGUUAAUAUUAACAGCAUUUCAAACACUAAGGUUUCCCUUAACAUUGAAGAUCAGGAGGAAGAACAUUACUAUCAACAAUUUGAAGAUGAACCACGAAGAGAUGAUACCACGCGCAACAGUAGAAGUAGGUGGAAAUAA